UGAUAUUUUUCUGUUUCAGGUUGCAAUAAAAAUAAUAGACAAAUCUAGGUUAGACGAAGACAAUUUAAAGAAGACUUUCAGAGAGAUAGCCAUCAUGAAGAGACUGAGACACCCACAUAUAGUCCGAUUAUAUCAGGUUAUGGAAAGCACGCACACAAUAUACUUAGUAACAGAAUACGCGCCGAAUGGUGAAAUAUUUGACCACCUAGUAACGCGCGGCCGCAUGCCCGAAUCGGAAGCGGCGCGGGCCUUCGCCCAGAUGGUAGCAGCGGUGGGCUAUUGUCACGCUAGCGGCGUCGUGCACCGCGAUCUGAAGGCAGAGAACUUGUUGCUUGACCGGGACAUGAAUAUUAAGCUCGCAGACUUCGGCUUCAGCAACGAGUACACAGCAGGGUCUCCACUAGCAACUUGGUGUGGGAGUCCGCCGUACGCUGCGCCGGAACUGUUUGAAGGACGGCAGUAUGACGGGCCUAAGGCGGAUAUAUGGUCACUAGGUGUGGUUCUGUACGUGCUAGUGUGCGGCGCACUUCCGUUUGACGGCGGCACACUACACGAGUUACGCAGUGUAGUGUUAGCGGGCAAGUUCCGGAUACCAUACUUCAUGUCGCAGGAAUGCGAGCACCUAAUCCGUCACAUGCUGGUGGUAGACGCCGACAAGCGGCUGUCGCUGCGGGGCGUGGCGCGCCACCGCUGGCUGGCCGCGCACACAGAACACGCCACGCAACCAGUAGACGCCGACAAGCGGCUGUCGCUGCGGGGCGUGGCGCGCCACCGCUGGCUGGCCGCGCACACAGAACACGCCACGCAACCAGGUCAGUGCCACGACACAGCCGCUACCAGCGCCACGACACAGCCACUACCAGCGCCACGACACAGCCAUUACUAG